UUAAGGAUGUCAGGGGCACAAGGAGCACAACCAAAGGAGUCCUAUACGGCUACAACGUAUGAAUCAAAAGAUGUAGGAGAGAACAAGCCCAGAACCAACCUUUAUUCCAAGGAGGAUGAGGGCUAUAUUGAGGUUGAUAAAAUUCAGGAGAAAGUAGAGGAUCCUGUGGGCAAGGGAGGUCCUGUUUUUGGCGCUGGCAAGCAUGAUGACAAGGAGGACUUGGGUGUUACUGGAACUGGUUAAUUAAUUAGUAUGCAUGGUC